GCAGAAGAAGCAUCGUCCUCCUCCACCCUCUCCAGGCAACAGCAGCAGCAGCAUCAGCACCAUCAUCAUCAUCCGGCGGUGAGACACGGAGGAGACGCAUCCGAGUGAUGCCACUGCACCAACCGCAUCUCGUCACCGCGAACACACGCCGAGAAUAAAGCGCUUCUUCUGCGAGGAGGGAGAAACACAUUCGCCUGGAGACAUUCACUGCCCAUGAAGAUGUCUAACGCCGACAUGGUCUUGAACUCCACCGAUCGGGUAGUGAAAUCCGUUCCCUUCCCCCUGAGCCACCGCCUCACCAUGAAGGAGGUGUUUGACUGUGAGGGGAAGCCGAGAGUGGAUCUCCUGAAAGCCCACCUCACUAAAGAGGGCAGAGUGGAGGAGACCGUGGCCCUGCGAAUCAUCAAUGAAGGGGCUUCUAUCCUACGCCAGGAGAAGACCAUGCUGGACAUAGAGGCACCUGUCACAGUGUGUGGUGACAUCCAUGGGCAGUUCUUUGACCUGAUGAAGCUGUUCGAGGUCGGUGGAUCUCCAGCCACGACACGAUACCUCUUCCUGGGAGAUUAUGUGGACCGGGGCUACUUCAGUAUCGAGUGUGUUCUGUACCUGUGGUCGCUGAAAAUCCUCUACCCAAAGACACUAUUUUUACUGAGAGGAAAUCAUGAAUGUAGACAUUUGACAGAAUAUUUCACCUUCAAACAAGAAUGUAAAAUCAAGUAUUCAGAGCAGGUUUACGAUUCCUGUAUGGACGCUUUUGACUGUCUGCCCUUGGCCGCUCUCAUGAACCAACAGUUUCUGUGUGUCCACGGUGGCCUGUCCCCAGAAAUACAGACCUUAGACGACAUAAAGAAGUUGGACCGGUUCAAGGAGCCCCCAGCAUUCGGGCCUAUGUGUGAUUUGCUGUGGUCUGAUCCUCUGGAGGACUUCGGCAAUGAAAAGAGCCAAGAGUACUUUAGCCACAACACAGUCAGAGGCUGCUCAUACUUCUACAGUUAUCCGGCUGUCUGUGACUUCCUACAGAAUAAUAACUUGUUAUCAAUCAUUCGAGCGCACGAAGCACAAGAUGCAGGGUACCGGAUGUACAGGAAGAGUCAGACCACUGGCUUCCCUUCCCUAAUUACCAUCUUCUCUGCACCAAACUACCUUGAUGUUUACAAUAACAAAGCUGCCGUUCUGAAGUAUGAGAACAAUGUAAUGAAUAUCCGGCAGUUUAACUGCUCCCCCCAUCCUUACUGGCUGCCAAAUUUCAUGGACGUCUUCACCUGGUCGCUGCCAUUUGUGGGAGAGAAAGUGACGGAGAUGCUAGUGAAUGUGUUGAGCAUCUGUUCUGACGACGAGCUGAUGAAUGAUGGAGAUGAAAUCUUUGAUGCAAAUGCAGCAGCUGCUCGGAAAGAGGUGAUUAGGAACAAGAUCCGUGCUAUUGGGAAAAUGGCCAAGAUGUUCUCCGUGCUCAGAGAGGAGAGUGAGAAUGUGUUGACCCUCAAGGGUCUGACCCCGACCGGGAUGCUGCCUAGCGGUGUGCUUGCUGGAGGCAAACAGACUCUUCAGAGUGCGACAAUCGAAGCCAUUGAAGCCAUCGAAGAAGAAGAAGACACAGAAGCCAUCCGUGGCUUUUCUCCACAGCACAAGAUCAGCAGCUUCGAAGAGGCUAAAGGUCUGGACCGCAUCAAUGAGCGCAUGCCACCCCGCAAGGACGGGGUCAACCACGUGGGCCACUCUAUGGGCAAGAUGAACAUGUCUGAGACCAACGGCACCGACGACAACAGCAACAUCCAGUGAUGAAGCGGCUGCCGCUCACGUGCACCUGAGUCCAUGCCUGGCAGGACAACGCCAAAACCCGUGAUUUAAGGCCUCCUGCUUCCAACAAACACCCAACGACAUCACCUACACAUCCCUCCCUGCUCCAAAGUUCAAAUUAGGCAACCAAACUAUCUUAAACGCAUCACUGAAAAAUAUUGGGGCGGACUGUUUUCUUGCUGUUGGUUUGCCGCAAUUUUUCCAAGCGACAGCAAGUUUCUGCCUUUUUCGGGAGUGUCGAACGGAGGGGUGGGGGGUGCUUUGCCUGUCAAUGGGCUGAAAGUGUCUUUAUUAGAGAAGGGGCGGUCUUUGUUCCUUUAAGGCUCCGCCCAUCUAUCUAAGUGGGCGUGGUUUAGGAACUUGUUUUAAAAGCCUGUUUCACCCAGGAUCCAUGCACACUUUUUUUUUCCUCUUUUGAUUCCGAGUUUUUCUUCUUGCUCCCAUCUCACUGUUGACGAUGUUUUGCUACUAGUAUUAACAAAUAUACAAAUUUGAAAUGAUAAAAAAAACUGCGAAAAAAAUGUUUGCAAGAAAGGACAUUUAACGACACACCUGUACAUUUUAUUACUGGCGAUGCAGUCUUACCUGGGGGUUUUUAGUUUCUUGAUUUGGUUUUCGGUAAGAUGCCAUGAAGCAGUAGAGGAGCAGAGCGGUUCUGCUUGUCCGCUGUAGACUCUCGAUCAAAGCCACCGUUCGGAUGGAGGAAAAACUGCAGUUGGAGCUCGAGCUCGACCGUUGGCGCCACCUUCCUGAUUGUUUCUCACUUGCCUGUAUCUCAAGAGAGAGAAUGCACAUAGUACAUUUCGCAAGUCAAAUAAAUAUAUAUAUAUAUAUAUAUAUAUAUAUAUAUAUAUAUAUAUAUAUAUAUAUAUAUAUAUAUAUUGAAAUAUAUGAUUAUUAUUUAACAAUGGUCGAGGACAAUGAAUUUUAACAGCAUCUAUGGUACUGAACGCAUCAGUGCAUGCAAUUAAGUUCCUUAUUGAUAUGUGAAAUUAUAAUUGUGAUGUGUUUCAAUAUAGUAGACUUGAAUUAUUUCCCUUCAAAUUAUAUUUGUAAAGGUCUAGUUUGUUUUUAUAUCUCUAUAAAUAGCUAUGAUUUUUUUAAAUAUUUGAUUUGAUUUGUUUUUUUUUUUUUUUUUUUUUGUUUUUUCAUCAAUAUAAUUUUAUUAUUAUUGUUUUUAUUUUGUAUAGUUUGGCUGUACAGGCACUGGCGCUCUUUUCAGAGUUUGUUUAUUUUUCUUUAGUUUGGUCAUCUUUCGUUCUUUCUUUGGUUUCGUUCUCUCUGUUCAGUUGGUUGUACAGAAGUUGUUCAGUAGUGUGAAUGAACAUAUUACUCAGUGAAAAGCAACAUUCAGGCUGCCAAAGCAUGAUCGCAUGGUUUAUUCAAAUGUAAACUAAUUGGACACGAGGAAAAAUCAGUGUCUCACUUUGAAGAGGAAAACUAUAUUAUCAUUAUGAUUCUUGAUGAUCUUAUUAUUAUUAUUCUUACAAUUAAGCUUACGGUUCUUUCAUUUCCACUGUUUUCUGAUCCUUGUUUGGUCCAGACGUGGUUUAUUUCAAAGAAGGAAUUUUAUGGAUUUGUGACUAUUUUUCUUGUAAUUUUCUCUGGAACUCGGUUUUCGCAUUUGACUUCCUAAAUGAAAACACAUAUUGUAAGCAUGCCCUAUGGGACAAAUGACUUUUUUUACUCUUGAAUAAAAUAUGCAUGAACUAAAAA